AAUUGCGGCGGCCCACGGAGCUGCCACGUGAUUCCCAGUCCGCGGAAAGCCACGUCAGAGUUGAAAGGAUGGGGGGGUCACCCGGAAAUACGACAGAAACAUGGACGUCAACUUCGCCGCCAUACUGAAUGUGGUUGAUGUUGCUCGUGAACGAACCACCAAGUGAGACCUGGCGUACAUGCAGCGGUGAACAUUUUAUCCCAAACAACCGUCACAAAUCUAUCACAAGCAACCAUCGCUCGGUCAGUAAGUACUCCGCUCCGCCGCAGUGUGGCGCCGCCAUCUUGUGACAGCCCUUUGGCCAAGUGGGAGUCCAGAAAUCUGCUCUCUCGCUCCUCAUAUCUCGACUGGGAGAGACUCGGCGGCGGUCGGGUGACGACUGCAUGCUGUCCUUCGGCGGACACCGAGCUGUUACGGUAGCGGCCAUACGAGGAAACGCUCGCCUGGGAAGGACUUAUGUUCCACGGCUAGAAAUCAACGAAGUAUCGGAGAACCAUGGGCGUGGAAGUCGAGACAAUAUCUCCCGGUGAUGGAAGCACUUUUCCAAAGAAGGGUCAGACGUGUGUGGUUCAUUACAUAGGUAUGCUGCAGAACGGCAAAAAGUUUGACUCGUCCCGAGACAGAAACAAGCCCUUCAAGUUCAAGAUCGGACGCAACGAGGUGAUCAAAGGCUGGGAGGAAGGCGUGGCUCAGAUGAGCCUCGGCCAGAGGGUGAAGCUCACCUGCACGCCGGACGUUGCCUACGGCCUCACGGGCCACCCCGGCGUCAUCCCUCCCAACGCCACGCUCGUUUUCGACGUGGAACUACUCAAACUGGAGUGAAAAUAGUUGUGCGGAGGAACCCGGUUGAUGCGCUAACGCUCCCCCCAACGCCAUCCCUCUCUUGUUCCAGUCACUAUUUAAAUGAAUCCAAAGUCAUACUAUACUGCAAUCAAAACACUCACAGCCUUACAGUGUUAGCAACACAGCAUAAGCACAUUAAAAAAUAAAGUCCCUACGUCUUGACUGGGUAUUUUCUAUACAAACACAAUGCUUACAUACACUACUGACCUGAUUGCAUCACCACUUUAAUCAGGGUUUGUCCUGCUGAAUGCUCCUGAAAACAUUGCCAUAACUAUGUAUUUGUAACCACUUUCCCAAUAAAAAGCCUUGACUGCAUGUGUGUUUUCCCUAGUCAACCCGGUCAGAUGGCGUACAGAAAUGUUGCUGCUUAUCAUUUUUGUUGAUUAACUCUAAAAUAAAAAUGGCAUGUUAUUA